AUGGCUUCUUCAAAUGAUGAUUGGAAGCCAAGACUUGGAAUGAAAUUUGACACUAGAGAAGAGGCUGAACAGUUUUAUCUUGCUUAUGGUUUACGUGAGGGCUUCGGAGUUAGAGUACGCUUUACAAACUGGAAGAAAGACGGUAGUGUAUCGUCAUGUAGGUUUGUUUGUUGUAAGGAAGGAAUACGGAAGAAAGAGGAUAAAUGUGCAUAUGAAGGAAAAAUUCGGAGAGGCGAGACUAGAACGAAAUGCUUAGCAAGAAUUACACUUUCGAGUAAAAAUGGAAAGUUGGUUAUCAAUGAGUUUGUAGAAAACCAUAACCAUGAUCUACUAAAUCGAGAGACAACGCACAUGCUUCGAUCACAUAGAAAGAUAACUGAAGUACAAGCAUAUGAGAUUGAUAUGGCCGAUGACUCUGGAUUAAGGCAGAAGGAAGUGUAUCAACUUAUGAGCACACAUGCAGGGCAUAGCGCUAAUGUUGGAUUUACAGAGGUGGAUGUAAGAAACUAUAUCACUACAAAAAGACAAAGAAGUAUGGUGUAUGGUGAUGCUGGAUAUCUUUCACAGUAUUUUCAACGACAGUUGUUGGAGAAUCCGUCCUUCUUUUAUGCAUAUCAGAUGGAUAUAGAUGAACAAAUUACAAAUGUGUUCUGGUGUGAUGCAAAUAUGAUUUUGGAUUACGGAGAUUCGAUCAUUUUUGGUGCAGCUCUAAUGUAUGAUGAGACAAUUCCAUCAUUUAAAUGGUUGUUUGAAACAUUCUUACAAGCACACAACAACAAAAAACCAAAGACGAUCUUCACUGACCAAGAUCAAGCAAUGUCUAGGGCACUUGAAGAAGUGAUGCCUGAUACUCACCAUGGUUUAUGCACAUGGCAUUUGUUGCAGAAUGGAAUUAAACAUCUUGGAAACAGGAUGAAGAAAUGA